GGUGAGGCCCCGCCCACCGGGCAGUUUCUGGGCGCCCCCGGAUUGUAUCCAGUGUGUGUUACAAAGAUACAUUUCGAUGGGGAUCCUGCACUGAUAUUCAGCACCAGAGGACAUGACUGUCCCACCGAAUCACACUUAAAAGAAUUGCUUCCUGCUUCUCCUCCGUUGUUAUUUCAUUCACCAUGAAAUAAAAACCUUGGCGCUCUACAUAUUGGCUCCAGUCUUCCAUGGACGCAUCAUAAGGACAGAUUCUGCCAAAGAGUGAAGUAAUGCUGCCUGUGUCUGGACCAUGUCGGUGAGUGAACACCAGAUCCGCAGGAGCCGGGGCGGCGCCGACUCCGGCUCCUCCAGCAACGCCUCGCUGUUCCACAAGGCUUCCCACCCGGAGACCGUCCUGGCCCAGCUCGACAGCCUGCGGAGGCAGCGCCUCUUCACCGACGUGACCCUGUGGGCCGGCAGUCGCUCCUUCCUGUGCCACCGGGCGGUGCUGGCUGCCUGCAGCCGCUACUUCGAGGCCAUGUUCAGCAACGGGCUGCGGGAGAGCAGCGACCGGGAGGUGGACCUGCGGGACAGCGUGCGCCCCGAGGCGCUGGAGCUGCUGCUGGACUACGCCUACUCGGCGCGGCUGGCCAUCAGCGAGGAGAACGCCGAGUGGCUGCUGCAGGCCGGCGACAUGCUGCAGUUCCCCGACAUCCGCGAGGCGGCCGCCGCCUUCCUGGAGAAGCGCCUGCGGGCCUCCAACUGCCUGGGCCUGCUGCUCCUGUCGGACGCGCACCAGUGCCGCCGCCUCCGCCAGCAGGCCCGGGCCGCCUGCCUGGCCCACUUCGAGCAGCUGGCGGCCGGCCCGGCCGAGGAGCUGUGCGGCCUGCCCGAGGCCACGCUGGCCGAGCUGCUGGCCUGCGACGAGCUGGAGGCCGAGGACGAGCGGACGGUGCACCGGGCCGUCCUGCGCUGGGUGCGCCACGACCCGGCGGGGCGGCGGGGCCGCCUGGCCGGCCUGCUGCGCCACGUCCGCCUGGCCCUGCUGCCCGCCCCUUACCUGGAGGCCUGGGCGGCCGCCGAGCGGCUGCUGGAGGACGACCCGCUCAGCCGGGGGCUGGUGGAGGAGGCCCGCCGCUGCCAGGAGCGGAUCCGGCGGCGGGAGGUGGAGAAGCCGCCGGCGGAGACGCCGCCGUCGGCGCGGCCGCGGCGGGCGGGGCACACGCUGCUGAUCCUGGGCGGGCGGACCUUCCUGUGCGACCAGGUGUACGAGCUGGACCGCGGGGCGGGGCGUAUCGUGGCCAAGGCGACGCUGCCCAGCCCGCGCAAGGAGUUCAGCGCGUGCGCGCUGGGCCGCCGCGUCUACGUCAGCGGGGGGCGGGGCCCAGAGAAUGGGGUCUCGCGAGACGUCUGGGUCUAUGACGCGGCGGCCGGCGAUUGGUCCAAAGUGGCGCCAAUGCUGGUCGCCCGCUUCGGCCAUGGCUCCGCUGAGCUGAGGAGCGGAGUGUUCGUGCUGGGCGGACACACGGCCUCGCCCCCGGCGUCGCCCUCCGUCUGCCUCAAGCAGGUGGAGCGCUACGACCCGGCCACCAACGCCUGGACCAUGGUGGCCCCGCUCCCCGACGGCGUCAGCAACGCGGCGGUGGUGAGCGCCCAGCUCCGACUCUACGUCUUCGGCGGCGCCUCCGCCUCCGGCCUGCCCCAGGCCGAGCGGCUGGCCCGGGUGCAGCGUUACGAGCCGCUGGAAGAUCGCUGGGCUGUGCCGGCCGUCUGCCCGCAGCCCUGGCGUUACACGGCGGCCGCCGCCCUGGGCAGCCAGAUCUUCAUCAUGGGCGGCGACACCGAGUUCACGGCGGCCUCGGCCUACCGCUUCGACUGCGACACCAACCAGUGGACGCGGGUGGGCGACAUGACAGCCAAGCGCAUGAGCUGCCAUGCCGUGGCCUCCGGCAAUAAGCUCUACGUGGUGGGCGGCUACUUUGGCACCCAGCGUUGCAAGAGCCUGGACUGCUAUGACCCGACCUCGGACACAUGGAGCAGCAUCACCACGGUGCCCUACUCGCUCAUCCCCACCGCCUUUGUCAGCACCUGGAAGCAAUUUCCUGCCUGAUCUUCACCGACUUCACACGGAGUGGGAGGCAAAGCUAGGGUAUUUUCACACCAAGCUGCCAGUGGCCGCCCCUCCCAGGGUCUUGGACAAAGGCUUCCCUUGGUCUCCAACAGAGCAGCAGACUGCAAAACUUGUGCUGGGCUGGCUGAUGAGCUGGACUGUCAUUGUUAUUGUAACUGGGAGUUUGAAAGAUGAUGUGUUGUUUAGAAGCUUAGAGGAAGUGAAGGAGGAGGGUGGGGUAGGGUGGGGCGGGGAAGAUUGAAUUAAACUGUUGAACUUGAUGUUGAACUUGACGUUGCUUUGGCAACUUUGGAAUUUGCUUGCGUGUUCUUGGCAACCUUGGCCAAGCUGGUUGUAGAGAAAGCUGUGCUGUUUAUCUAGAAACCUGUUCAUUUGCACAGAGCCAGCUUUCAAAGGAACUGCUACCAUUUAUUAAAGGGAUUUUUUUAUUAGGAAAAGAGCUGUAGAUCUCCAUGGGAGAACUUGUCAAGUUACUUUGAAUAUUUCAGGAAAACAAAUUGCGCACAACUUUAGGAAACUUUGUUACUAGCAGCUACAUCAGAAAUAGAUUAAUGCCUCUUAAAUAUCGGUGUGAAAUUUCUGUGGAACAAGUAACUCAAAGAUGAUUUCUGUGUAUUGUAUUGGAUAUGUUUUUAAUUAUAAAAUAAAAUUCAUACAGGAAAUAAA